AUGUCGGGCACCCAAGCCUCUCCCCGCCCACAGGCACAAACGCCGAGCCCACUUCCCGCCCAACCAAGCGUACAGCAGAAGGUGGCGGCGACGGAACGGAGGAUGGCCGACCAAGAGCCAGAGGGCACCAUCGUGGAAGGUAUGGAGGAUGACAGGCUGUGGAUCUUGUUACGAGGGUUCAACAAGCAAGUCAACCACGUCCUCUCCCCAACCACCCACCCCGUCUCCCAACCUGACCUGCGCCACACAUCCCUCCCAAACGUCCCGUACCGAAGCGACACACUCAAAGUCAACCUCGAGCGCCUGAUCAAAGGUCUCGCUCCCCUUACCAAGCGGGGCGUACUCGAACUAGCCCGGGUCACUGACUGGGAUAACGAGUUCUAUCGCACGGCAACUUACUGCGCGGCAUACUUUCUCGCUUGGGGGCUCGGGGUGUUGUUUCCAUACCGCCCAUCCACCACAGAUUCUUAUUCCCUCCUCGAAUCCGAUCCUGAGACUACACCCAUGACCGGGCCCGAGCAGAGCGAGGAAGUGUCCGUCCAAGCCACAGCCGUGCUCGCGGGCUUUGCGAGCGCCCUCCUCUUCGGUACAAAGGAGGAAGGGAAUGCCCUGGUAGGGCCAAAGGACUUGCACGACAAUUCAGGCAUGGAUGAAGGCAGCGACGUCAUUGGGUCAAAGCUGGAUUCGCGGGAGGUCGCCGAGGUCAACGGCAAGACGUCGCUAGACUCGAAGGCCGAGAUCGUCGAGGUCGUUGAGGUCGUUGAGGUCGCCGAGGCCAACGGCAAGACGACGCUGGUACGAGAGAGUAUCGCGGAAGACGCAGAAUCCGAGGUCGAGCGAAAGCGUAACGAAAUCGUUAGAUGGAUGGUCAAGACGACCGAGACGACAAUCGGCACUGGGGCCGACUACAUCGAGAUCCUACAGAAGGCGCUAUCCCCGCCACCCGUCUAUCCGGACUAUUACGCGCGCUUUAAGAUUGCCGCCCUGCUCGUCGUUGCCGCCCUAGCGCUGCAUUAUGUCCCCGCACGGAUGUGGGGCAGAGGAUUCACGUUGGCCUUCGGCGUCGUCGUCUGGGGUCACAAGUGGCUCGAGAUGGGGGUGCGUGAACUGCUCCGCCGCUUCCCGAACUGGAAGGAGCUCGUGGACCCGCGGAACUCGAUCCUAUCUGGUGUUCCGACCGACGCUCAACUCGCGCUGCAUCUCCUCAGAGUCUCUGAGGCGGAGGGUGAUCCACUUCCCACGCCACCCGUAGCCCCAGCCCUCGAGGCGACCAAGGAGGCGGUCUCGCAGGCCACGCCAAGUGCGCCCGACCUGGAGGUGGAGGCAGACGCCGCGCCCACGCCCGCGCACAAGGCUGCGGUGAAGAGUAGGAAGAAGACCAGGGGUGUAUUCCGCAAGCUAGUCCGCCGACUAGCCAGCAUGGGAUCCGACGUCGCCUUUGUGGGCGAGGAGCGUAAACUGAAGGGGAAGAUUGACAGCCUAGUCCUCAAAGCCAAAUGGGGUGACGACGUUCCUCCCGGCGGCUACAGCGCCAAGCUGAACGGUACGAGCGGGCACCUCUUCAUCGACGAGGACCACGCCUGUAUCUCGUGGGUACCGAUGUUAUCCAAGAGUCCUGAACGGGUGUGGUAUGUGGAUGAUCUGGUCGAGAUGAAGAAGGACGAGCUUGGAACGUCAAGGCUGGCAUUGGCGGCUAUGAGCGGUGCCGAGAUUGCCAGUCUUGGGUUAUCACUCCGUUUCGCCAAGACUGCGGAUGAUAUCAGCGUUUUUGAUAUGACUGAGGAGCAGGUAGGGGCGGCGCAGGCUGCCAAGGAGACGCUCGAGUUCAAGGGCGUCGAGGCAAGAGAGGCGCUAUUUAAUCGUCUCAUCGCAAUGGGGUCCCAGCGGUGGGAGAUGUUGUAG